AUGAAUAGUGCAUUUUAAGGCUUAAUUAAAAAAUUAGCUCUUGAAAACAAUGAAAUCAAUGAAUAAAUUUUAAAAUCUUUGUCACAAAUUUCCACCACAUCAAAAUAACUCGACGAACGGAGCAAUAACACAUUCACCUCUUCUGGAAAAGUUUUAAUUACAAACCCAAGCGAUGCUAGCAUGGCUAUUGUAGAAAAUUAGAAUUUUUUUACACUUUGA